AUGGCUGGUCUCUCUUCCUUCGUCCGCUUUCUCAUUAUGGUUAUGUUCAUUGCAUCCAUCUUGCUCAUGCAUCCAUCUCAGAUUCAUGCAGAUUUGAAGGUGAGCAAAUUUGGCCGGAAAACCAGACCAAGCCCACCCCCUCCUCCAGCAGGAAACUUUCGGAAGCAACAAAGCCCACCACCUCCUCCAAUGGGUGCACCUCUAAUCUAA